UUGUGUUCACUGUUUAGCUUAGCCGCUGUUAGUAGGUAGUAUUAGCUCCAAUUCCUAAUUUCAACGCUUUACUCGUGUAUACUUCUUCCUAGCAAUUUCCUUUACCAUACUUCAGCACACUAUAUAUAUCCUACACUUCCAUUCUAUUCUCUUCAUCACUCAACAUUUUUAUCCCAUAACACUUAAUCAAGUCACUCUUUCCUCAAUUCUAUACGCCUUUUUUUGUAGUAUGAAGACUAUUAACAAUCAAUCAAUGGCAUCCUUGCCCAAAAUUAUAUGCCUUGCUCUUUUCCUCACCCACUUCGGCUUUUUCGUAGAGGCAAGGCCAUUCACUGAGUCGUCUCAGCCUAUGACCUUCCAAUACCACAAGGGCUCCCUACUUAAUGGGAAGAUUACAAUCAACCUUAUUUGGUAUGGCAACUUCAAGCCCAUCCAACGUGCCAUCGUAUCUGACUUUAUUACUUCCCUAUCAUCCUCCCAACAUGAAUCCCAACCAUCAGUUUCGACAUGGUGGAAAUCCAUUGGAAAGUAUAAUCACCUUGCGAAUCCCAAGGCAUCCACCACAUCUCUUUCCCUUUCUUUAGGCAAGCAAGUCAUAGAUGAGACAUACCCCCUUGGUAAGUCCCUCACUAACAAGCACCUUGUAGCGCUUGCCUCCAAAGCCGGUCAACAAGUCAAUGCAGUCAACGUAAUAUUGACCGCAUCCGACGUGGUAGUUGACGGGUUCUGCAGGAGCCGAUGUGGAACCCAUGGAUCAUCCUACAUUUCCAAAAGUACAACUCAAAAGUUCACCUACAUUUGGGUUGGCAAUUCAGAGACCCAGUGCCCGGGUCAAUGUGCAUGGCCCUUCCACCAGCCCAUCUACGGCCCACAAAGCGCACCCUUGGUUGCACCUAACAACGAUGUGGGCCUCGACGGAAUGGUGAUCAGCUUGGCAUCCCUUUUGGCAGGAACCGUGACCAACCCUUAUGGAAAUGGGUACUACCAAGGCCCUAAAGAAGCCCCACUUGAGGCUGCUUCAGCUUGCCCUGGUAUCUAUGGAAAAGGCGCUUACCCUGGUUAUGCUGGGAACCUCUUGGUAAACCCAACCAGCGGUGCUAGCUACAAUGCAAAUGGAAUCAGCAAGAGGCAGUAUUUGCUCCCUGCUUUAUAUGAUCCUACCACUUCUUCUUGCUCAACUUUAGUCUGAAAAAUUAUAAGAUAUAAUGAUAUUUUUUCCUAAUGUAAAGAUACUAGCACUGUUAGAGAUCUCCACUCCUCAGUUUAAGAUGAUGUAUAAUUAAAUUAUUCAUUGUAUAGUUGGUUUUGCUAAGAAGUUCGUGUGUUUGUGCCAGCUUAAUUGCUGAAAAUUGUUUCCUCACUUUGCUGAAGUAAACUUUAUAGAAUGACAAAUAAAUUUGGGUGCAAUAAAGGCCAAAAAUUUAGAAA